ACAAAGGCACAGAACCGCAGCAGGCGCAUACCACAACACCCCAGACAAACCCCACGAAAUCCCGCGGCCAAAAUGCUGGCCGCCGCCGCCUCCGUGAGGCUCUCCCCGGCGUCCGCCACCGCAGCCACCACCAAGCUGACAUUCAAGCCCAUCCACCUCCCUCCCCUCCCCAACGCCGGUCUUCGUCCCCUCUCCCUCUCCGCGCGGCCCCUGUACCGCCAGGAGCCGUUCCUGGCGGCGUCCCGCGACGACCGCGCCGCGUCCAUGGCGCCCCCUGCCGCCACCGCGGACGGCGCACGCCCGGUGGAGACGGCGGCCGCGCCGGAGACCGCGAGGAGCGCCAAGAUUGGGGUCUAUUUCGCGACGUGGUGGGCGCUGAACGUGAUCUUCAACAUCUACAACAAGAAGGUGCUCAACGCGUUCCCGUACCCGUGGCUCACGUCCACGCUCUCCCUGGCCGCCGGCUCCGCCAUCAUGCUCGCGUCCUGGGCCACCAGGAUCGCCGAGGCGCCCCAGACGGACCUCGAUUUCUGGAAGGCCCUGUCUCCGGUGGCGAUUGCGCACACAAUCGGGCACGUGGCGGCGACGGUGAGCAUGGCCAAGGUGGCCGUGUCCUUCACGCACAUCAUCAAGAGCGGGGAGCCGGCGUUCAGCGUGCUCGUCUCCAGGUUCUUCCUCGGCGAGCACUUCCCUGCGUCCGUGUACUUCUCCCUCCUUCCGAUCAUCGGUGGAUGCGCUCUCGCCGCCGUCACCGAGCUCAAUUUCAACAUGACUGGAUUCAUGGGGGCAAUGAUCUCGAACCUGGCGUUCGUGUUCCGGAACAUAUUCUCCAAGAAGGGGAUGAAGGGCAAGUCUGUUAGCGGGAUGAACUACUACGCCUGCCUCUCCAUGCUCUCCCUGGUGAUCCUCCUACCUUUCGCCUUCGCCAUGGAAGGCCCCAAGGUGUGGGCUGCAGGCUGGCAGAAUGCAGUCGCCGAGAUCGGUCCCAACUUCGUCUGGUGGGUGGCUGCACAGAGCGUGUUCUACCACCUGUACAACCAGGUGUCCUACAUGUCUCUUGACGAGAUCUCGCCGCUGACAUUCAGCGUCGGCAACACAAUGAAGCGUAUCUCCGUCAUUGUUGCCUCCAUCAUCAUCUUUCACACGCCGGUGCAGCCCAUCAACGCGCUCGGAGCGGCCAUCGCCAUCCUUGGAACCUUCAUCUACUCCCAGGCAAAACAGUAAUGGGAAGUCGGGAACGGUAUCUCUUUUCGCCGCGAGUCGGCUCGGCAUUGGAACAUGACAUGUUGUUGAGCAUAUCUAAUUAAGAACCCCUUGUAAUAUAUAUUAGGAAUCGGUUUUUUUUGGUUUUCUUCUCUUUGUAGGAUUAUUAGCUGCCAAUGUCUCUGAAUUCUUCGUUUGUUGUUCUAUGACCGUGACGCUGAUGAUGUAGAGAGGUGAAUGAGUCCAUCUAAAUAAAAGUUGUCCGGAAAUUUUGCU